AUGGGUGCUAGUACUACUGCUAAGCUCACAUUCGUGGCUUUGCUUUCAUGGAGUACCUUUUGCGCUUUGAGUGGUAUUGUUCAAGGGAAGGACGUGGAUAUUCAUGAUAAUGGCUUUGUUGAUCCAAACCGAUGGAGGUUUGGUGGUGACAAUAAUGGUGAUUAUUGUUCUUAUAGAAGUUGGAGGGGCUGUGGGAGUUUCUUUGGAAAAGGUGUGAGAGAUAAUGAAGCAGCUGGCAAUGGUGGUGGUGGAGGAGAGGGUGGUGGCGGUGGCAAUGGAGUUGGUGGGGGCUUUGGACGUGGUGAGGGAUAUGGUGCAAGUGGAGGUAGUAUUGGAGGAGGAGGAGGAGGAGGUGGUGGUGGUGGUGGUGGAGGAGGAGAGGGUGGAAGUAGUGGGUCUGGCCAUGGAGAAGGAUUUGGAGCUGGAGUUGGAGUAAGUGAAAGCGGAGGUGGGGUGGGAGGAGGAGGUGGAGAAGGUGGUGGAAGUGGUACUACCGGAGGAUCUGGUCAUGGUAGUGGAUUUGGAGCAGGUGCUGGUGUUGGGGGAGGUGGUGCUGCAGGUGGUGGUGGUGGUGGAGAGGAGGAGAGAGGGGAGGAAGCAACAUUGGAAGUGCUGGAGGCUCAGGUCACGGUAGUGGUUUUGGUGUAG